GAUGGGGCAGCGAGUCGGUCCCGGUUGAACGACCUCCUGAUACAGCUGAUUGCCCCAGCAGUCAAUGAGUCCGAGGCCAGGAGCAUUGUGGGAGAAUUCGUUCGGCUGGAGGCGCAUAUCCACAGGAUUUUGAACACCGGCCGUGAACAGGCAAACGAAGAAAAAGCAGACAAUGAACAGUCCAUUGUCUGUGAUACACCAAGCAACAAGAAAACUAUGGUAGACCUGCAGGUCAAAUUUAACGGUUUCGGCAUUGACUGGAUUACUUUCUUCCAAAACGUUGUAGAGACCUCAGACGUCUCAGACAUCAAGUUCUGUAAAGUCAAACUCAGCCUGGAGCUUCAGCAUCUUCUGAAGAUCACACCAAAGACCUCUCUACGACAGUUCAUCAUUCUCCACACGCUGCUCCACACAGAUUUGUUUCUCCUCUUUUCCAACAACUAUCAGCCGGUGGUGCAAUCCCGUCCUAGAACGAAAAAAUCUGAGACUGAAGAGGAACAAUGUUUGGAUCUUCUUCUUCAUUUCAUGCCUUCUUUGGAAAAGUUCUCAGGAUGUGAUGACAACGUUCUGGUUCAGAACAGAGCUAAUGCUUUUGCAGCUUUAAGGAAUAUCCGGUCGACUUUGUAUAAAAUUUUGACUACAUCGUUCAAAGUUCCCAAAGAAAAUGCAGCUUUGGUUACCAAUUCCAGUAUGAAACCUGUGCUAGAUUCAGUAAAUGAAGUCUUGGUGUCCAGGUGCCAGUCUAGCAAGGGGCCACAAGGUCCUUUUGAUGAGUACAACUUCCAGACCAAUAUGCUCAAGUUGAUACAGCACCACCAUGGACUGUACUUCCGAGGCCGGUUAUGGCGCACGUCCAAAGAUUUGGAGUUGUCAGCCUUGUGGAUAUCAUCAAGUGUCCACGGUAACCACCGCGCACGUACAGGCCCUAUAGUCUACCCAUCAGCAAUCCCACAACCAGUGGUCUAUGGCUCCCUGGGUCUUUUCAUGGCGUCACGGGUAGCUGAGGGUCUCAGUAUAGAAGACCUACUUGACCACCAUGCUGACGGGCUCUUGAAUCACAGUGUGGUCUUAAGUCUGGCCGUGAAGUUGAAGUGCCUGGUACAGAUGUAUGGCAAGAUGGAGAUCCUCAACUACGGGGUCCAGGUGUACAAGGUGGACGGAGAGCAAACCAAAGGCCUUCAGUGGAAGGAUCAGUUAGCCUUAAAGCUGUCCUACCAGGCAAGGUGUCCAUUUCAGGCUUGGAAACAACUGGAUAGCGACCUGGAAGUUGAUCAUUUUAUACCUGGGCUCACCUUUACUCGACCGCAGAUCUUCUUUAUAUCUGUCGCCCAGACCCGUUGUGAGAAAGUCAGCGAGCGAGGUCUACUAGAGUACUACAUUAGUGGCGGGUCCCAUCCGUCUAUUCCUAGCGAGCAGAGGGUUAACGGAAUUCUCCGAAACUCGGACGAGUUUUCCCAAGCCUUCCAGUGCUCCGACAAUAUGUACAUGAAUCCAAUGGAAAAGUGUAGGAUAUUUGGAUGA